CAGCACUCUACUUCCCGUGUUGACAAUCUAGAAGCACUCGAUAAAAUUUUGGUUUUGUCGUCCUUCAGCAGCUUUGAAUUUGCUUUCUCAGCCAAGAACUAAUCUAGCCUCCCUAGCGGACGGAUUGAUUAAUGUAAGGUGUCGAGUUACCAUGGGAGACAAUCUAUCAGAAUUUCCCGGCGUCAAAGACUUGCUGCAGCUAUGGAGCAACGAUAAUGGAGACAUGAUGAUGAUGGACGGUAUGCGGUCUCCAAUAGUACGGCGACAAGACCGUGUCGAUACUGCGUAUGACGAAGAAGAGGACGACUAUACACCCAUUCCUAUUGAACUGUGCUCGGUGGACGCGGAAAGCGUUGACGAAAGCUGCGACAAUCGCUCCCGCGCUUCCCAGAAACGCCGUCGCGUGUCUGGUGCAACCGGUACUAUCUCUUCACAAACUGGCUCGAACAUCUACCGGGAUGCGCUUACAGUUACGGCAUCGGCAAUGUUGUAUCAGAAUCGCAACAGCGAAUUUAUAGACGAAUGCGAUGUGAUUCUAGGUGAUCCACAUACACCCACGAUAGGGACAAACGUGUAUCGCCAGAUUCGUCAAGUUUACGCCAAAAGAAAGAUCAAACAGUCGGACCUUGCUAUCAUUCGAGAGCAAUUAACUCAAAAACUCAAGGAAAUGAUGAACUCGACGCCUACGCCUACACCGACCUUUUGGUACAGUAUUAAGAACAAAUCCAAGCUCAAAGAGGGCUCGCCUCACCGCUAUCUCAAGUCGCACAUUAAAAAAGGCGCCUUCGGAAUCGCCACAGAUCAAGCCGUUAUCGAAGAUGUCCGGAAUGCUCCCAAACGUUCCCGCGUGCGGAAAAAGGACAGCACACCACUUUUUGGGCUGGAGGGUUCCUUAUCGCACGUAGUGUCGCAAGCUAAGACGAAAUGCGAAGAAUGGGUCGGUGCGAACGCGGACAAGGAGCUAUAUGCCAAGUUUUUCAAGGAAGAUCUGCAACGACUCAUACCGUGGUGUGAUUCGUAUGUGCAGAAAAAGACCGACGCUGAGACAAAUGCUCUGCAUCAGCCUGAUUUAAAGCAAACAUUCUUACGUGAGGCUCGUGUACACGAUAUUCAUGCAAAGCAGCUGGACGGAGCUUUGGUUUCCUUGGUCAACCAACUUGGUAAUGAUAUGGUAGAGCGCUAUCAGUUGGGACAGCAACAAAAAGUUUACGACGAUCGUUUACGAGAGGUGGGAUCUGUUGCGGCAUCUGUCGCGAGUAGUCGGUCUGGCCUACCUCCUCGAAGUCGAUUGUUACCUCACAAUUGCAAUGAGUCAAGCUCGACCGGCCCGACCAUCAUAAGUAGUGAUAUGGUGAGUGCGCCCGGAGCUAAUAGCAUGAGGACGCUGUCGACCGGGGCCCUCUCCAAUGAAAGCGACACUCCACCGCACACAUCGUACCACAUGCCGUACGUGAGGCCCGAGGACCCAUCGGGUGUUUUCACGCAAUCUCUUUCUGUACGCUUUUCCAAAGCAUUGAAUGUUUCGCCAAAGCGCGUCAGGGAUUGUGAUCCAGCCAGCGUUCCUCUUGAACUACGAUUACGGAACCCGAGUAGCAUGGACGACCAUUCAGUCUCUUCAGUGUCCAAAGAGUCCUCCGCAAUUCGAAGCGGAAGUUGUGGCGCUUUCCGUCCUAUCAUACAGACGUUGCAACAUCGACGAGAGAACGAGGCAGACGAAGCUGCAGCGAGAGAAACUGUGUUGGCCAAUAGUGACGUUCUCCAUGUUCGACCUGGUAGUCCCGCAGAUUCAAGUUUAGCCAGCGAAGAUUUGCUUGCUGAUGACUCUUGGAUUGUUCCAGUUCCUUAUAACAAUUCGGCUUGCAGUCGGGCAAAGCACAUCGACACUGUGCGUACACUUGAUCUAGACUCGGACAACAGUCUCGAAGGCGAGCCUACUGAAGAUUUGGACUGGAAUAAAGCGUUAGCGAAUCAUCUGAAGACUCUUGAAGAUCGCGAAGCAAGAUUGCGAAAGUAUCAUCCUGAUACUGCCAAGUCUUAUAAUAAUCUCGGUCAUAUUUAUUCGAAGCUCGGAAAUUGGAAUGAAGCGCUUCAUUAUCAUCGGAUGGCGCUCGAAGUACGGGAGUCGGUUCUUGGCAAAGAGAAUCUUGACACGGUAAGAUCGUACAGUAGCAUGGGAUACGUAUUUUUCAAAAAAUGCGACUGGGACGAGGCCCUUUUGUAUUACCGAAUGGCGUUGGAGGUCCAACAGACUGUGCUGGGUAAAAGUCACGGGGAUACUGCAAAAUCGCACAAGAGCAUAGCUGUGGUCUUGUCCAAAAAGGGCGCCUGGAACGAAGCAUUGCGGCACCAUCGGAUGGCACUCGAGGCGCGAGAAGCUCGAUUGUCGAGCAGAUCACAAAAUGAUACUCCAGGUAGCUUUGGUCGGGUCCGAGCUUCGUGGCAAGGACGUGUGCGUAGUAUGCCGUCUAGUAUAGCGGAAGAAUAG